AUGACACGGAAGAGAAACUGGGGUGAGAAAGAAACCGUGGUACUCACUAAAGAGUGUAGUGCUAUAAUACAAAAGAAGCUCCCACAGAAAUUGAAAGACCUUGGGAGCUUCCCAUUGCCUUGUGUCAUUGGGGAUAUGAACAUUAAGAAGGCACUAUGCGAUCUAGGAGCAAGCAUAAACCUCAUGUCUUUGGCUAUGAUGAAAGGAAUGAGAAUAGAAGAGGCUAAACCAACAAGAAUGGCACUUCAAUUGGCUGACAGAACCUUUAAAUUUCCUCAUGGUGUGGUGGAAAAUCUAUUGGUGAAAGUGGAGAAGUUCAUCUUCCCAGCCGAUUUCAUUGUGCUUGACAUGGAGGAAGAAGCCAACACAUCCAUCAUCCUAGGAAGGCCAUUCCUAGCUACUGCUGGAGCCAUAAUUGAUGUUGAAAAAGGUGAGUUAGUCUUGAGGUUACAUGAAGAGAAGAUGGUCUUCAGUGUUUUCAAGGCAAGGAGCAACCCCAAAGAAUCCAUUGGUGAAUGCAUGAUGGUGGACACAAUUGAGACCCAAGUUCAAGGAGUCCUAGAGGAAGAACUAUGUGAAGAAACCCAAGAGCAAGAUCAACAAGUCCCAUGUGGUGAGCCAUCACUAGAGGCUAUGAAAGAACAAAUCAUGCUUGACAAGACAAAGAAAUUGGAAAUAGAGGCACCAAAGUUGGAGCUAAAAGCUCUACCCUCAAACUUGAAGUAUGCCUACUUGGAUGAUAGCAACACAUACCCAGUGAUCAUAAAUUCAAGCUUGAAUGAACAACAAGAAAAAGAGCUAAUCUAG